GCGCGUGGGGAUAAGGAGCGGUUGGCUAACAUGGCGGCGGUUGUGUCGGCGGAGGAGGAAGGGGGCUUUGGGGACGGGGAGCGGCUGGAUUUCCUGAAGGAGCGGCACGUGCGGUUCUUCCAGCGCUGCCUCCAAAUUUUGCCGGAGCGCUACUCGUCCCUGGAGACCAGCAGGUUGACAAUCGCUUUUUUUGCACUCUCUGGUCUGGAUAUGUUGGAUUCCUUAGAUGUGGUGAACAAGGAGGAUAUAAUAGAAUGGAUUUAUUCCCUGCAGGUCCUUCCCACAGAAGACAGAUCAAACAUGCAUCACUGUGGAUUCCGUGGUUCUUCAUAUCUGGGAAUGCCAUUCAAUCCAUCCAAGGGUCCCGGUGUUGCUCAUCCCUAUGAUAGUGGACACAUAGCAAUGACUUAUACUGGCCUUUCCUGCUUAGUUAUUCUUGGCGAUGACUUGAGCCGAGUAAAUAAAGAAGCCUGCUUGGCAGGACUUAGAGCUCUCCAGCUGGAAGAUGGGAGUUUUUGUGCAGUCCUUGAAGGAAGUGAAAAUGACAUGAGAUUUGUGUACUGUGCUGCUUGUAUAUGCUACAUGCUUAACAACUGGUCAGGAAUGGAUAUGAAGAAAGCCAUUGACUAUAUUAAAAGAAGCAUGUCCUAUGAUAAUGGACUUGCCCAAGGAGCUGGACUUGAAUCUCAUGGUGGUUCUACUUUCUGUGGUAUUGCAUCACUAUGCCUAAUGGGUAAACUUGAGGAAGUCUUCUCUGAGAAACAACUGGACAGGAUAAGGAGAUGGUGCAUUAUGAGGCAACAGAAUGGUUAUCAUGGCCGACCUAACAAGCCUGUAGAUACCUGCUACUCAUUUUGGGUAGGAGCAACUCUUAAGCUUCUGAAAAUAUUUCAAUAUACAAACUAUGAAAAGAACAGAAAUUACAUUUUAUCAACCCAAGAUCGUCUUGUUGGUGGCUUUGCUAAAUGGCCAGACAGUCAUCCAGAUGCUCUACAUGCCUACUUUGGGAUCUGUGGCCUGUCAUUAAUGGAUGAGUCUGGCAUUCGCAAGGUUCACCCUGCCUUGAAUGUAAGCACAAGAACCUCAGAGCGCCUUCAGCACCUUCAUCAGAUCUGGGCAACCAAGGACUCUAAACAGUGUUCAGAUAAUGUCCACAAUGCCACAUGACUGAUUUCAGACUCCUGUUGAGCUUGGUAGCAUCAUUGUAGCCCAAGGUUAAAAGCCAUGUAUAACCAAUGUGCUCUUUUUAAGUGCUGGAAUCAUACAAUCAAAUUCAUGUUACAGCAUCAUUUGGACAGCAAAUGGCCUUCAGCCAUUUAUUUUGGAUUAGAAUUAAAAAAGGAAUUGCUUGCCCCUACAGAUGCUAUAACAGACUCAGUUUCGAAGAAUCCCUUCAAAGCAACAUUUUUCUGUUGUAUUACUUUAAACUGUGCAAUGGGACAGAGUAACAAUAAUAAAAAGAAUCUUUAAAAUAUAUUUACAUAUUUUCAUACUUAAA